CGAUCCAUCGUUCAUGUGCACACAACAACUUCGAUGAAAACCUGUUUUUUUUUUUUUGUUUUUUUUUUGUUCCAAUAAAAACGUAGAUUUUUAUCUUCUUUUUACUUAGUGAUGGUGCGAUAAGGCAUGAAAACAAGGAACGCAACUGACUUUGAUGGAUCCGGUCAUUAGUCCGUGUUACACAGUAGUGGCACGGACGAUCCGUUCAGCGCAGCAGGAAUCAAGGAAGUACAAAUAGACAACGAGAGACGCGGCGGAGGGUGGGGGACAGAAACGGUGACACUUUUCCUUCUUUUUAUUCCAAGACUGUGACGAUAAACCAUCGUCAUUAUAUCUGCAACACAAUUGUUGUUAUUGCGGUGAGGGUGGUGGUGGAAAGGGAGUCCGGCAUCAGUCGCUCUAAAGACAUAAUUCGAUUAAUGCUUUUCCCCCUUCUUUUCUGACCUCGCCGUGAAUUUCUUUUCUAGAACAACAUUUACGUAUACAUAAAGAACUGAGAGGGGGGGGGGGUAUGGGGUAGGAAAACAAUCUACUGGAUUUUGAACAGAAAAUUUCGUCCAAUGUAUCCCUGCAUCUGUGUGUGUGUAAUUGAAUCAAAGCAAAGAUUUAACGCACCGGAAAAGGCAAAACACACACACACACAAAAAUGGAGUGUAAUGGCCCUAUCACGAUUCUAUUAUAUAUGGACUGCAGUUUGGAGCUGUCCGUACGACUCCCGAAUGAACGAAGCGGAUGUCGAGUCGGAAUUUUCUCAUUGGUAGGAUUCGCCAACCAAUUGGAGAAAAGCGAUCCUGCGCAGAGAGUAUUACGGACAUCCAUUUGAUCCCGUAGCUCUUGCAAGUUGUAUUUGUCUAUUAUUAUAUCCAGUCGACUGGCCGGAAGGACACAUCCAUUGCUCAAGUGGUUCUACUCGAGUAAAGACUUGCAAAAAAAAAAAGUAAAUUGACUUACAUCUCAGUUCUUUCAUCUCAAUCCAAUGGCCGUUUUGUUGUUGGAUAAAGAAAGUCAAGAUUGUUUGUCCGUCAAGACAGGCUAUCCGGCCGACAGUACGGCCCACGAUAGAGAAGAAGAGGAAGAGAAUGAUUUGAAGGAUCCAUCGGUUCAUCGCCGCCCAUCCCGUCGCCAGUUGAUCUUUAAGAACGACCCAUCGUCUUGCGUGAAUCACGAAUUGCUGCUAGUGCAGGAGAACAGCAAACAAAGUCAAUGUCAGCAAACGAAUUCGCCGCCAGCGUCACCAUCGGCCGAUGCCCAGCAUCGGGAUCUCCAAUCGGGUAAAAUCAAACCGAGGAGAAGUCGGACUAACUUCACGCUGGAACAACUCGCAGAGCUUGAACGGCUCUUCGAAGAAACUCAUUAUCCGGAUGCUUACAUGCGAGAAGAACUCAGCCAGCGGCUAGAACUUAGCGAAGCUCGCGUCCAGGUUUGGUUCCAAAAUCGACGAGCUAAAUGCCGCAAACACGAAAGCCAGGGACACGGUAAACACGACAAUUCCAUCCUCUCGUUCGAUCCAAUCGGACGAUCCGUCGGAAGUCAUCGUGCGUUUGGUGAACGUGCCAUAGGAGCUUCUAGUGUUCAUCACACUCUUUUGCAGCACGUGAUGGCGGACAAUUCAUUGGGCGUUCACCAUCCCCGAUUGUCCGUCAGUGGAAAUAGUCUUUGCAAUAACAGCGUUACGAGGGUGUCCACCCAACAGUCGGGAGCGACAACAAGUUUAACAUCUUCGUUCCACCAUCAUCACCACGGAACAUCCAACGUGAAAUCAACGAGUUUUAUGGCGUCGCUAGCCGGGGCUACGACGCCAGCGUCUUCCAUAUCUGCGGCUGAAAGGGGAUCACGAGGAAUGGACAUUCCUUCCUUACCGUUACAUCCAUUUCCGCGCUUGAUGGAUGCUAGCGCACUUCUAGCAGCUCAACAGUACGUCUCUUCGUUGAACAACGCAAAGUCGAUACCGGAAUGCGGAUCAGCGUCGUCCCCGAGCCCUGCGUCGUCUUCUUUGAUUGUUCCAACAGCGACGGUCAUUUCGGCCGACACUUUGGUCAAUCCUGUUCCGACGACUUCCUCACUUGCCUCAUUCUUCUUCCAUCCGGCUUCGCUGGCCGCUUCUUUGGCCGGCUAUCCUCCCCCUCCUCAUCCAUGGACCCUCAGCUGGAUGAACGCCGCUGCAGCAGCAGCCGCAGCUGCUGGCUAUGGUUUUGCUAAUCCCAUUUCAUCGUCGGCAACGGUUGCUAUGGAUCUGACAACAGCCGUCCAUCUACGGGAUCCAUUCAAUUCCAUCGCUGAUCUACGACUGAAAGCCAAACGUCACGCCGAGGAGCUCGUCGACGUCUCCUCAUCUGGCAAUAACAAUAAUAAUAAUAACGGAGACGAAGGUCCAUCUACCAAUAGUCCGCUUUAAUUCAAUUCUUCAUAAUAAUAAUUCAACUUUGUUUAUUUGAUAUGCACAAUUUAUUUCAUUCGUGUGUUUGUUAAAUCUCUGUUGUUACGUUCCGCCAGUUUGGCAUCUAGUGAAAAACUCCAUUCCUGUGU